AAGACGUCCAAGGAAACAGAAUCGAAGUCUAGUGCAUUUUUUUACAAGCCGAGAACUAGCGCAACGAAGCAUCAAAGACGAUGAUCUACAAGCUAGCGUUGGUGUUGGCGUUAGCCGCGCUGCUGGAGGGGACUGCGGCAGAUGUGAAGAUGGCAAACCGAAGCGACCGCGACAAUGUCGGACCCGGAAACCAGCGCGGAACUUUCGGCUGGUUUGGAUGUCCCUCCGAGUCCGUGGACGAGACCGUCCCGACCAAUUUCACAGAUUUGGAGAAACUGUUCCCACAACUUUUCCCGGCACGGAUGUACCUCAAAUGGGGACCAGACUACGAGCGGCACAUGUCAUGCCUGAUUGUGGACAAGUUUGGUUGGCCUCCCGCAAGUGGUGGUGGCAGAUCUAACGCCUCCCCCCAACAACGCAACAUCUUCACCGACAUUCUCGCCUUCUUUGGGUUGGUUAGCAGUUCUGAUCCCAACGCUACCACAACCGAACCUCCUCCUACCACAACCACGGUGCCCACUACCACGGUGCCGGUGCCUCCAGGUGCCCCCAGUCCCGGACUGCUGGCUAUCCUGCAGUUUCUGCUAGGGUUGUUCGGAGGGGGGUCUUCUGAGGGGGUGCCGCCCCCCGUGUACCCUCACAACUGCACCAUUGAGUACUUCAUGGAUGGGAAGCCGACCUUGGCGAAGACAAACAUCACCAUCAUCGAUAAGGCUCCUUUCUCGAUAAGAUUCACAGGCCUUCCUUAUGGCAGUGAGUUGAAGAUCUCAUAAUUAACUUUUACACGAGAAUAUUAAUUAAUUAGGAUUAAA